AUGAAACUAAAAAUAUUUGAUUAAAUUGUUGAGUCAUUUGUGUGAAUCAAUUGAUUAGACAAUAUGUAUGACAUAUAUUCAUUGGAUGGCAUUCUUCGUAUGCCAUCAUCAGUGAAGAUAAAACAAUGUAUUGGCGGUGAAGAUAGAGAUGGAUUGACUCUAGUCUUGUAUUGUGAUAAUUAUCAAUUGAUUUGCUGUCGACUCAACAAAAAUGAUAUAAAAAAUGAUUUUUAUUAUAAUGUUGACAAUAAAGACAUUGUUUUAAGACAAAUACCAUUGAAUGAGACCAAUGGAGAGCUGCGAUCAAUGGCUUUGAAUCCAAAUAAUAGUCAAUUAGUGAUAAUAUUCGCCAAUUCAAUGAUUUUUGUUAUUGAUAUUAAAACACUUCUUAACCGACAAUUAGACGAUAAUGUCUUACGAGACGAUGUAGUGGUCAUUGAAAGCUGCAACGCAUCCGAACCAACGGUCAUCACUUGGUGGACAUCUUUGGAUGACUUCAGUCAAAUAGCAAUUGUUGGCAAUAAUUUAGGGAAAAUUUAUUUCAUUAAUAUUAAAACAAAACAAGAAGUCGGCAGUACUUCUGUAAUGAACUCAAUCAAAGAGUUUAAGAUCAUUGACGACAUGAGUUCAGUGAGUCUUAUAAUUUACUGUCAAAACGGAUCACAAUUUAGACAUAUUCUCGAAGAGUCCAGAAAUAGAAAUUCAUUGAAAAAUAAAGCCAACACUUAUGUGUCGACUCAAGAAAAUCAUUAUUUUAAUUGUUUUAUUACUCCUUCUGAAGAACGAGAACCUAUUGGACCAAACAAUUGCUGGAAUUUUAAGUCAACUUUGAUUGACUUUAUCAAUGAUAAUGAAGACACAAAUCAACUUAAGUCAACCACUUUGUUAUAUCAGAGUUCAUUAAUUAUGAACUUAUCUGAAGUGUUGCCUAAAUCGGAACCAUUGGGCCAACUCGUCAUCAAAUUGUAUUUAAAUAAAGAGUUUGAUUACAAUUUGAAUGCAUUUUUUGCCAAACAUUUGAUACCAAAGCAAUCGUAUCAUUCAAUAGAUGGUAUUGUCUUAACUGAUCGCUUAUUUAUGGUGUUUUCUCAAGACAACUGUGCGAUCAUAUCGCGUGAGUUUUCAGAUUUUAAGAAAUUAACGAAACAUAAUCCUAUUGUUCAAAAUUUUCAUUUCAAUGAAUCCGAAAUUAUAAUUAAUUUUAACGCAAAUAAAUUUGGAUUAAUGUUUAAUAUACCAAAUGUGUCAAAAUUAUAUGAAAUGAGCGCCGAUUUAUGUCUUGAGAGACAAGAGUUUACAUUAGCGACUCGUUUCUAUCAAUUGGCCAAAACUUGUCAUAAGAAAAGAGUGGCAAAUAUGUUGUCUUUUGGCUAUUUUAGUCAUACAUUCAAUUAUAUUGAAUAUCUAUUCUCUACCAAAAUGUUUGAAUUAACUGAUUCAGAGCGGACACAGUUUGCUAAUAUUGCUGUCAAUUGUUUGGUUCAACAAUUGAUUGAAAAAUCUGUUUCAAAUGAUGCCAAAGACUUUAUGGAAAUAUUGAAAGUAUUUCUGAAAAAUUGCUUAUAUUUUGAUGAGAGCUUUGUAUUACAAUUAUUCAUAGAUGAAGGUCUCUAUGAUUUGGCCCAAUAUUGUGCACAAUUGAGGUCACAAUCGGGACUUUUAGUCAAAUACUUACUCAUGUCUUCACAAUUGCAGCCAAAAUCAUUAAACCAAAAAUUUUAUGAAACUAUUUUAAAUAGCAAUUACAAAGUCUUGUUUAAUACAAACCAAAAUACAAAUUAUUUGAAUUGUUUUACUUCAUCAACCAUUACAUACUCACUGAUACUUCACAAGAAACUUAUUGGUAAAUAUUUACGAUUUGUGGUAAACUUGUUGCCACAUUUGGAUCAGUCUUUUUUAGUUAAAUUAGCGGUGAUUUUUGAUCCGAGACGGUCUUCGACACAACUUUUACUCCACAGAGCAUUAACUCAAUUAAAACAAACAUAUCUGGACUCUGAAGAUAUUGAUGAGCAGAUGAUUGAAAAGAAGGAUAUUCUCAAUGUAUUUAUUUUUAUUAUUCUUACUAUUUUACGAAACAACGAAACAGAUUUAAAUUUUGAUAAUAAAUUUAUAUCAAUUGAUCCAUUUAUUGAAGAAAUUAUUACUAAAAACAGAAAACGAUUGACUAUAGAAAGUGUUAACUUAAGUGCCGGUGUUUCUCAUUCAGCACUUAUAAGAAAUGGUUGUUUGUAUUUAUGGGGAAAAUCUCAAUUUGGUUGCUGUGGUAUACAAAGUGAUUAUUUUAUAAAUCCUCAUAAAAUUAUUUCCAGACCAACUCGUUUGGAUUUAUUCAAAGAUAUUUUGGCCAUUUCUGUCAAAUCAAUAUCAUGUGGGUCUCAGCACACACUUGUUUUAACCGAUUUUGGAGUAUAUUCUUUUGGGUCGUCACGUUUUGGACAGUUAGGUGUAGGUAAUGAUGUUGUCUUUUCAAGAAAUCCAUUGAUUAUUGAUGAACUGGUCAACAAAGAUAUAGUAAAAAUAGAAUGCGGACAAUACCAUUCAUUGGCCAUAACAAGCAAUGGUAAAUUGUGGGCAUGGGGCUGGAAUAUUCAUGGACAGUUGGGUUUAGGUCAUAUUUGUCAUGUAUAUACACCUAAAGUGGUUCAAUUUUUUCAUAACAUUCAAAUUAUACAAGCAUUUGGAGGAUUUUCACAUACAAUAGCACUUGACUCCAAUGGUUACGUCUAUUCAUUUGGUAACGGUUCAUAUGGACAGUUAGGUCUCGGCAAUAAUUCUAAAUAUAAUAUACCACAAAAAAUUUCACUUUUAAAGGAACCAAUUAGUCAAAUAUCCACAAAAUAUUUUCAUACUCUAGCUCUAAGUCGUGACAAUCAAACGCUUUAUAUUUGGGGUAAAAACCCUCAACUUAUGAAAAUUGAUGCAAAUUGUCUUAAAAAGUGUUCAAUGAAUUUACGAAAAGAAAUUUUAAAUUCAGAUAUUUAUUCUAAACAUUUAUUGCCACAAAAAGUUGAUAUUUCAGAAUUGAAUGAAACUGUUAUCAAAAUAUCUUCAGGUGGUAUGCAUUCUCUAUUAUUAACUACUGAUGGAAGUGUUUAUUCGUUUGGGAGAGGAUUAGAUGGACAGUUAGGUCUCAUAAAUGUUAAGGAAUUAAGUAGUCCCACAAAAAUUGAAUCGUUAUGUGAUAUAAAUAUCACUGAUAUUGCCGCUGGUUAUGAUUAUUCAUUAACAUUAGACAUAUCAGGAAAACUCUGGGGAUUUGGAAAUAACAGCGAUUCACAAAUUGGUCCCAAAAAACAACAUAUGGUUAGAGAGAAAUUGCUUGAAGAUUAUAAUAAAAGGAUACCAAUGAAAGCUACCAGAAGAUUGUUAUCUUUUAUUUCUGGGGAUAGAAGUGCAGAACAGUUGCCAAUUGAAAUUGAUAUAUCAGAUGAUAUUGAAAACUAUUGCGAUAGUCUUAACUAUAGUCUGGAUAUUAAUGCAAUGAAGACAUCGACUCGAUUUUCAGUAAUUGAUGACAAUAUAAAUUGUUUAUUCAGUGAAACGUUUGCCACAUAUGAUAAUCAACUUCUUGCAUAUAUAAUAGCAUUUUAUAGACACGAUUUAGAUUUAAAUUCACUGCUGAAUCGUCUCAAAAGCUUUAAAUCCUAUCAAUUGGCAGCUUUUUUUUGGAAACAAAAUAAUUUAAGUUUUGAAUUACUCGAAAAACUUUUUGACAAUAGUUAUAAAAAUGAAAUUAACGAUUCAAUAUCAAAUUUUAUGUUAGAAAUGGUUGAAUUCACUAUCAAGACUAUUGCCAAAAGACCCGAUAAAUUAUAUAUGUAUCAGACGGACAUCGAAAGCAUUACAUCAGAUAUUGAAGACAUUGCAUUUCCCGCAGAAAAAUUGUGGCAAAAAAUUUUGACUUAUUUUAAAACACCAAAUGAUUCAAACUCUUUCUUAAUUAAUAGUAAUAAUAAUAACAAUUAUAAUAAUGCUAUUGAUAUUGACAUCACUGACGAUACGAUAAUUGUAUUCAAUUGUCAACAUUUUUACGGAAUCAAAGAAUUCAAGCAAAUAAUUAUUUGCAACUUUGAAACUGAUAUCAAGUUAUUGGAUAAAUGCAAUACAAUUGAAGUGCAAAAUAUGUUAGACUAUUAUAAAGAUUGUGGUAAACAAGUUUGGGAUAAUAUCAAGAAUUGA